AUGUACGAGAACUCAUGUUCGUAUCAGACGGCGCUGGACCUGAAGCGAGUCUCGCCGCCCACUCUCGCCCAGGUGAAGACGGAGGACUGCCUGACCCUUGGCCAGUGUUCGCCGGACUGGACCUCAUACCGCUUCCAUCAGUCCACCUUUGAGCAGCUGAAGCAGAGCGUGGAGAAGGCCAAGGCGGCGCUGCAGGAUCGCAGCAGUUUCUUUGGGGCCACCAGCGCCUUUAGUGACAUCUACUCUAGCCAGCGCUUGACGGACACCCUUGACACCCUGCCCGUUCAGUCCGGGAAUGGAGCUGGCAAUUGCCUCGGCCUCGCCCACAAUCCCAAUGUUGGUGUGGGAGUGGGCGUGGCCGGUGUGCUUAACUACAAUGCGGUCAGCAGCAGCACGGCCGGAGUCCUGGGCAGCAGCAGCAGUAGCAGCGGCGUCGGCGGCCUUGGCAGCGGGAGCGGAGUCCAGCGACACCGGCUGGACACUCUGCAUCCUGCAACCGCCGGCUGUUCGCCCGCCGGCACUCAGCACGGCGUCAUCACAUCCAGUGCCGGGCAAGUGGCAUCCGGCAGCCUGGAUGCGGUGAGUGCUGCUCCAGCGCUGACAUCGCUGGCAGCAUCCAGCACAUCGCAUGUGGAGCAUAAAGUUCGGGCAGAUAAAUCCUCGCUGGACUGCGCCACCACAUCCUCGCAUGUGGCGGUGCCCUCCUCCUCGUCCUCGGCCAGCGACCAUCAGCAGGGCAGGAUCAGUGGCAGCAAGAGCAGCAGCAGCAGCAAUGCAGCAGCGGGAGGAGCCUCAUCAGGGACAGGAGCAGGAUCAGGAGCAGGAGCAGGCGGCGGCUCAGCACUGUAUUCCUCGUACAAAUCGUCGUGGGGCUCCCACAGUUCGACACAAUCGCAAGGUUACAGCUCGAACGCCCUGAGCAUUAAACAUGAUCCGCACUCACAACUACGGCAACCUGAUCCAUAUCAAAUGUUCGGACCCACCAGCAGCAGGCUGGCCAGCUCAGGCUCUGGCCAGAUCCAGCUGUGGCAGUUCCUGCUCGAGCUCCUCUCGGACUCCAACAAUGCCAGCUGCAUCACCUGGGAGGGCACCAAUGGCGAAUUCAAGCUCACCGAUCCCGACGAGGUGGCCCGACGCUGGGGCGAGCGCAAGUCCAAGCCCAAUAUGAACUAUGACAAGCUGAGCCGGGCUUUAAGGUAUUACUACGACAAGAACAUAAUGACCAAGGUGCACGGCAAGCGUUAUGCGUACAAAUUCGAUUUCCAAGGACUGGCAGCUGCCACACAGCCGGCGGCCAGCGAUCCCACCUACAAGUACCAGAGCGACUUGUUCAUGACACCAUAUCACCACAGCGCCAAGCUCAGCUCGUUCAUGAGUCCGCAUCAUGGCAUGACCUCAUCGUCCGCUUCGAUCUUCCCGUCGGCCGCCUCGUGGGGCAACUGGGGCAGCCCCGCCACGAACCUCUACCAGCCGCACUCGAUGAGCCACGUGACUCCCUCGCAUGUGGCGCCCCAUCUGAGCAGCUAUCCCCACUACGCAUGACCAUCAUCGUCCGG